UACGCAUGUUCUUCUUACGCUUCUGGAUUAGGUUCAUUGAUAUCAUCGAGUACCUCAAUUGAAUAUUCGUCAAAUAUCGAAUCACCUCUAUCGUCUUAUUCAUCCGGUAACGUUAUUCGUUUUGAUCUUAAACGAAUCAAGUGUAUCGCUCAAAUUGAUUACGCGAGUCCAUCGUCGGUAAUUAGUGAAGAUGGUUGCGAGCCAACAAAAAUGGAUACAAGUGUAUAUUCGGACUAUCCGGAGCCUGACUUUUGGUGUUCAAUUCGUUAUUAUGAAUUGAAUUCUCGUGUGGGCGAACUUUUCGAGAUGUUAACGAAAGCCAAAAAUUACAAUCAUGCGUAUGAAUUAGCGCAGAUGUGCACAAUACGAAUAUCGUUCGUGAAAGGGUGGGGCGCUGAUUAUCCAAGACAAGAUGUCACUUCGACACCGUGCUGGAUGGAGAUUCAGUUACAUAUGCCGCUGAAGUUUGCCGAUGAACUAAUCGCUAAAUUUCCUCCACCACUCAAUCCGAUAUCAUCAGUUUCAUGA